AUGUAUACAGGCGCUCCAUCACAGACUAGCAUCAAGACCCCGACAUCAAUGGGAGCAAACUUUUUCCAAUUCUUCGCAGGACAGAAAAAGGUCACCCGAGAUGGUCAACCCGCCAAACGACGAGGCCCUAAGCCAGACGCCAAACCUGCCAUGACACGACGGCAAGAGCUGAAUCGUCAGGCGCAGCGGACCCAUCGUGAACGUAAGGAGCAAUACAUCCGGUCGCUGGAGACUGAGGUUUCGCGAUUACGAGAGGCCUUUACGCAGGAAAUGUCCGCCGCGAAUCUAGCCGUUGUCCAGCACCGGGACAUGAUACAGGCGGUAAACGAGGAGAAUGCAUUUCUGAAGGAAAUCCUGGUGGCGCACGGGAUCCAGUACGAGCCUGAACUAGAGCGCCGCAGAGCAGAACGCCCGAGAUUCCAGCAGUCCAGCCCGUUCGCCAGCAGCAGCGUGGCAUCCCAAGGCACGGGGGCCCCGACUUCGAACAGUCAUACCCACGCCACGCCACCAACAACGAUCUCAACGCUGUCCUCGGAUGUGAGCCCACUCGCCAACGGCAUGGAACGGGUCGAGAUCUCGCCCUCGCAGGAAAUCACCCCGCCGCCCCAGUCUCACCAUGCAGGGUCGUGCGACAUCCCAGCGAACCUUGAUCUCUCAGCGAUUGCUCGCAAUAUAGAACCCAUCCAGGCCCUAGGGGGAGUCUUCGAAACAGAUCCGCAGCUCCAAGUCGACUUCAUUCUCACGCUAGAAGGACCAUGCCGCGAACACACAGAUUACCUCUGCCGACGCUCCAUCACCGAGGCCGACGACGAGGAUAUGCCGUUCUCCGGACACGCGCUGAUGGCCACCUGCCCGCCACCCAGCUACAUCGCCAACACAACAGCCGAGCAAACGUACCCGCACAAAACCUACGACCUCCCCCACGCCAACCUCACGACGCUCCUCAACCUCAGCCGACAGCUGGUCACAGAGGGCCAAAUCACCCCGAUCAUGGCGCUGCAGUGCCUCAAGAACCACGACAUGUAUCGUAACCUGACCAAGGACGACGUCAAGAUCAUCAUCGACACGCUCAACACUAAGGUCCGCUGCUACGGCUUCGGGGCCGUCGUCGAAGACUUUGAGCUCAUGGACUGUCUGAGCAGUGUGCUCGGGUCGAGGGUGGGGCCAGGAAUGUCCCUCGCAGCAGAUGACUAG